ACUUCAUAAAGUGCUUGGGGUUCUGCAGUUUUAAGUUUUCUUCAUUUGUUCUCGUUGAUAAUUUCAUUACGUUGAAAUCUACGUUGUCAUGCUUGAAAUACGCAACGUGAAGAGGAAUUGACCUAACGUGUUGUGAACAAUGUCUGAACAAGAGUUGGAUGAAAUAGUGCAAAUAACCGUGGAGGACUUUAACCCGGAUGACCGGACAGACAUGUUGGACAAUCAUGAAGACGAUGAUGAAAGGCUUCAGAAGAAGAAAAGAAAAUUAAGCAUCAGCCAAGAGAAUAACAACAACAACAAUAACCAAGACAUAUCUUUUAUUAAGAAUCUGUUGGUCUCAUUUACCGCAUCAAUCAGCCAGCGACUGGAAGGAAUUGAAUCAAAGUUAUAUUCUCUCGAUGCUACAUGCAAAGCCCUUGGACGCAAACUAGACAGCAUGUUGCCAUGUGCAAAGAGUCCCAUCCAGGUUCCUAUGGUGGCAGGGUCUCCUCAGGGGGCCACUCAAACUUGGAACAAAGUGCGAUGUGUGGUUCCACAAACAAACGUGAUAGUGAGCAGUGAACACCCGAAAGGCACGAACCAUGAAGACAACCCUCUGGAAAAUCUGCUAAGCAAUACGAUGACAAGGAAGCGUCAAAACACAAUCAUGGUGAAGGUGCCGGCCCCCGACGAGAGUCAGGAGGAGCAAGACAGCGGCUCAGAUGCCAGUGACACCGUUUCUAAUGGGGGCCAGUCCAGCAACGCACAAAAUGGUCAAAAUGUUACACUCAUCACACUCAAUUCAGAAGACGAUUACCCCGUGGGCACCUGGUUGGGAGACGAGAACAACCCCGAGAUGCGAGUUCGUUGCCCAGUCUCUGCGGCGGACAUGCUCCACAUCACCACAAACUGCCGCACAGCGGAGAAGAUGGCGCUGACUCUGUUAGACUACCUGUUCCACCGAGAGGUCCAGGCCUUGUCCAACCUCUCUGGUCAGGGCAAACACGGCAAGAAGCAGCUGGACCCGCUCAUGAUUUAUGGCAUUCGCUGCCACUUGUUCCACAAAUUUGGCAUCACUGAGUCAGACUGGUACCGCAUCAAGCAAAGCAUUGACUCGAAGUGUCGCACAGCCUGGAGACGCAAGCAGCGCGGCCAAAGUCUGGCUGUCAAGAGCUUCUCCAAACGAACGCCUCGUGGUACAUCCGGAGAGGGAGGCACGGCAGAAGAAACGGGCCACAUCGAGGCCGCCACCCAGCAGACAUUGCACUACACGCUGGCCAAUCAACAGGUCCAGUUCCACCGUAUCGGGGAAGAUGGACAAGUUCAGGUGAUUCCUCAGGGUCAGCUGCACAUCGCCCAGGUGCCACAAGGAGAGGAGGUGCAGAUCACACAGGACAGCGAGGGAAAUCUCCAGAUCCACCAGGUACACGUUGGUCAGGAUGGACAGGUGCUCCGCGGCGCUCAGCUCAUAGCGGUGGCAUCCGCCGAUGGAGGGGCCACGGCCGUGGAGGGCUCCCCCCUCCCGUCUGACAUCCAAGUGCAGUAUGUCCAACUGGCCCCAGUUGCAGAUCACACAGCUGCCGUACAGGCUGCGGAGCUGACCCCGGCGCUGCAGGCGGACAUGGAGGUGAAAGAGGCCAUCCAAGGGGCCAUCCAGGGAGAGAACGGCGAGGUGCUCCAGAUUGUUACCUCUGUGGCCACCUGAGAGCCCCCCUCUGGUCCAACACAGGCUGGAAUUCUGCUCCACAGCGUCGCCCCCGGCGAGUCUCGGAGGUCGGCAAAUGCACAUGAGUCGGAAAGCGUUUGUGAUAAAUGCCGAAGGUUACUGAUGAAACGCAGGGAAGAAGGACUUUUUCUUUUCUCUCUCUCUCUCCCCUGCAAUCUCCGCAGUUCAUUGCCAACCUCUUCUCCCCGUGUCUCGUCACGGUGGACUGCAGUGGACAGUAGACGUCGCUGAGCAUAGCCCCUCUUGGUCGCGAUUGAUUUAGUUUCCCGUAGCACUCCUUGAUUCGGUCCGUACCGCAUCUCCCCCGGCUGUGAGGCUGGCCCGCCUUUUGCUUUGCUCUCCUUGUUUUCAUAUUACUUCAGCCCCACAGCUUUGUUUGUUUGUUUUGUUUUAUAUAAUUGCAACAUGCUGAAGUAUUCGGAGAGCUUUCAUUUUGGAGGUAGAAGACCAUGUAAUAGAAGAGCUGGUGCCAGCGGUAGACGGGGCAAAGUUGCUCGUAGAAAAACCAAGGAGACCUUGAAGUUGUUUACUCUAGUUUCGUCUCUCGUUCGUGUGAAUAAAACAUUUUGUGGUUGCCAUAAAAAAAAA